ACAACUGGUUGGGUCAACCGCACUGGUGGUAUUGCUGACUACUUCAGCGGUGGUGUACCUGGAUCAGAGAGCUGUGCUUGUGGAAUGAACGACACUUGUGCUGAUCCUGGUCUGCUUUGUAAUUGUGAUAUGAAUGAUGCCACUUGGAGAGAAGAUUCUGGGUAUAUCACUUUCAAGAAUGAUCUGCCGGUAACUGAGUUCUUAGCUGGUGAUACAGAAGACUUUAACGAAGUUGGAUAUAUUACAGUUGGCGAAUUGAUGUGUCAUGGCGAU